GAUGCCUUUUUAGGAGUCUCUUCCUCUUUCGGACUUGUCCCGGUCCCUUUUCUCUCCCGGUAUCCUCUGCGCUGGGGAAUAUGCCCUGCAGAGAUACCCCGCUGCCCCUCCCUUAAGUCCUUAAGGCGCUGGGCAUGCUCUGUAGCCAGAGCAGGUGGCGCGUGCCAGAAGGAAGCUUCCCGCCGCUCGGGCCCCUCCCCUAUGCUUUCCCACAUGGAUAUCCCACGGGGCUCGCGGCAGCCCCUUUCGUCCAGCGUUUUAAAGGCUCGUUCCCAGACCCUAUGAUACGACAGUCAGGCUGAGGCUACGCCGCCGCGGUGGUGCAGAGUCAGGCUCAUCUGACCCCGCAUCCCACUCCCUCUGUCUGCCACGCCCCUCCCCUCCCCUCCUCUUCCAUCUCCUCCGCCUUCUCCAGGCCUGCGGUGAGCGGGAGGAGCUCAGCGGGGGCGCGACCGAGCUCGGGCUAUAAGAUCUAGGUCUCUUCCCACCUUCUCGCUCCCAGACCGAAUUUCUCUGUGCUAAGCCCACACAACCGUGAGCAUGGCGUCCUCGACGAGGAACACUCCCCCGAGCAGCAGGAAGGGGAUUCGGGAAGAAGUCUACUUACCGAUGACCAAGUGCGACGUGGUCGUCGUAGGGGGAGGCAUCUCAGGUUUGUCUGCUGCCAAACUCUUGGCUGAAUAUGAAAUAGAUGUUGUAGUUUUAGAGGCACGGAACCGAGUUGGAGGAAGGACUUACACUUUGAGGAAUGAAGUCGUUGAUUAUGUAGAUAUUGGUGGAGCCUAUGUGGGACCUACUCAAAAUAGAAUUCUACGAUUGUCUAAGGAACUGGGUUUAGAGACCUAUAGAGUAAAUAUAAAGGAAUGCCUUAUUCAUCAUAUAAAGGAAGUCUACAGAGAACAUGAUAUCCAGUGUCAACAUGAAUCAUGUGGAAAAUCUGUAGCUUUCCGGGGUCCUUUUCCUCCAGUGUGGAAUCCCAUUGCAUAUCUGGAUUACAACAAUCUGUGGAGGACAAUAGAUAACAUGGGGAAGGAGAUUCCUUUUGAAGCUCCAUGGCAGGCACCUCAUGCUGAAGAAUGGGAUAAGUUGACCAUGAAGGAACUCAUUGAAAAAAUCUGCUGGACAAAAACUGCCAGGAGCUUUGCUUUGCUUUUUGUGAAUAUCAACGUUACCUCUGAAGCUCAUGAAGUCUCUGCCCUCUGGUUCCUGUGGUAUGUGAAGCAGUGUGGGGGCACAACUAGAAUAUUUUCUGUCAGCAACGGAGGCCAGGAAAGGAAGUUUGUUGGAGGUUCUGGUCAAGUUAGUGAAAAAAUCAAGGAACUUCUUGGUGAACGAGUCAAACUGGACAAACCUGUAUGUUAUAUCGAUCAGUCAGGUGAUAGUGUCAUUGUGGACACUAUAAGCCACGAGAGAUAUGAGUGCAGAUAUGUAAUUAGUGCCAUCCCUCCAAUCUUAACUUGCAAGAUCCACUUCCAACCAGAACUUCCAUCAGAGAGAAUCCAGUUAGUCCAGCGUCUCCCAAUGGGGGCCGUCAUUAAAUGUGUCAUGUAUUACAAGGAAGCCUUUUGGAAGAAGAAGAAUUACUGUGGCUGCAUGCUCAUUGAAGAUGAUGAUGCUCCAAUUUCAAUCACCUUAGAUGACGGCAAGCCAGAUGGAUCUGUACCUGCCAUCAUGGGAUUUAUCCUUGCCAGGAAGGCUCAUCAACUUGCCAACAUUAGUAAAGAGCUACGGAAGAGGAAAAUCUGUGAACUUUAUGCAAGAGUGUUGGGAUCACAAGAAGCUUUGCAACCAGUCCAUUAUGAGGAGAAGAACUGGUGUGAAGAUCAGUACUCGGGAGGCUGCUACACUGCCUACUUCCCACCUGGGACUAUGACCCAGUACGGAAGGGUUAUCCGUCAGCCAUUUGAAAAGAUUUAUUUUGCUGGCACAGAGACAGCCACCUAUUGGAGUGGAUACAUGGAGGGAGCAGUGGAAGCUGGAGAAAGAGCAGCAAGAGAGGUGUUGAAUGCCUUUGGGAAGGUGCCAAAAAAAGACAUUUGGGCACCAGAACCAGAGUCAAAGGAUGUUCCAGCCAUGGCUAUCACCACCACCUUCUGGGAGAGAAACUUACCAUCAGUUCCAGGCCUGCUGAUGGCUAUCGGAGCGACCAGUUCCAUAAUUACACUGUGUAUCAUGAUUUACAAAUGCAAGAGAAUCAUGUGAUAGAUUCUAAAAUUUCCUUUUCAUGCUUUUUGAUUCUUCCUUCCCAGCACCAUCAAAAGGAAAACCUGGAAAAAUUAAAGGUGGUAGCAUUGGACCCUAUUUUUGUGCACUGGAUUUUACGAGCCAAUUUUGUCCCUGUGAGUGUUAAAGUCAUCCCCCCAAAUCAAAAUAGAAUAAAAUAAAUUCCCAUUAAAUCAGUUUUACUAGGAGCAAGGUCUGUCCCAUCACUUGUAUGUGCAAAUUAAGUUGUGUUUAUUGAUAGAAUAAAACCAUAGUGUCAAAGUUUGAAUUUCUGGAAGUUAAAAAUCUCAAGAGAAAUCUUUUAAAGCCCAGAUGCUUGUGGGAAACAAUCACUUCUUUAUCCUGAUUUCUUUCUUAAAAAAAAACAAGCACACCUUAUGAUUUCAUGAAUAAAUUUCUUUUUAACCUUCUCUGUAGUAACUCCAUAAAUUAAGGAUCAAUCCUGUGAAAUAAUCAUCAUAGCUGAGAGCCUGAGAGCCAGCUGGCUAUGGUGACUAAACUAUAUUGUUGGGUUCCCCCUUCCUCUUUUGGGAAUGGGGGUGUCAAUAGAGUCCAGUGUUCAUAGAGCUUCCUGGAGUAAGCAUACCUCUUCUGGCAAUCAUUUCAAUGUAACACUAAAAAUAAAAACUUUAGAUUGAAGCUUAUAUUUAGGAGUGUGUCUUGUAUACAUCUGCAGAGAGGAUUGCUAUUUCUAAUUCCCACAAAUUGUCUUAUUACCUGGUCUUUUCUGCUGCUAGAUUUAUUAUGUAUUUAUGUGUGUGCACAUGUAUAUUUUCCUUUGCUGCUAGAGAUGUACUCCAGACCUGAGGAGAAUGUAUUUACUGAGGUGUUCAGCUUAAAGAGUUGUACCAGUUGGGAUAGGAUAAGGUCUAUGAAUAGAAUCUUUUAUAUUAGACUAAACUAAGCAUUUUUCUAAAGGAUUAUAAUAAUCAUAUUCUUACAGAUAUCACCAGUAUGCCCCUCCCCACCUAGUAUGCCUUGAAAUUGGGGAGAAAAUGAGUUAAUUCUUUGUCAGUAAAAGCUAAAAUGUAAGUUAUGGGCUAGAAUUGAAGCUGGGGUAGGGUCUAUGAAGAGCUUUCUUUUUCCACUUGUGGCCAUUUUUCAUUUAGACUAGUAGUCCCAAAAUUUAAUGCUACUUUUGUUCUCCACUUUUUUUCUACAUUAUGAUUAAAUGGCAAUCAAACCAAAUAUUUUGAUAAAAUAGUAUUCAUAAAGAUUCAGAUUGUACUCAAAUGUAGAAGCAAUUUUUUAGAUUUCAGGGUACUAUAUAUUUUCAAAAGUAAUUCUGAAGGGACAGCAAAUAUAAUCUUAUAAAUCAUUCAUCAAAAAGAACAUGGAAAUUGUUGGAAAUGAUCCUGAUCUUUUUUUUAAUUUUACUUUAAAUAAAAGAUAGGAAAUCAAGUGGAUUAUAAAUUUCCUUUUUCUAGAAGACAUAUUAGUCCAAUACAUACAGAUUUCUUCCUCAUGAUGGCAUUUUGCGGUCACAUUUUUGAAAACUUUCUUAAAUCCAAAGCAGCACUUCUAAACAAAUGGAAGGGAUGACUUGUUAAUAGUAAUGUAAGUUAGAGAAAACAAAAGCCAUCUAGAUAAUAAUUAUCAUUAUAAUAAUAGAGAAAGUAAUAUAGAUGAUCUGGCAAAGUCAAACAUGGCAUAUCUAUGUAUCAUAAUUGGUCCAACAUAAGUCCAGGGACCAGAAUGUUUCCCUUAUAUAAUUUUCCAGAUAACUGAAGCCUAACCUUCAGAUCCAAAACUUGAAAAACCUUAACUUUUAUGGAUCUCUCUCAAGUGAAUAAUGACACAUUUUCAUAUUCUCAUUAAACAAAAAUUUAGCUUUUACUUGAUUUCUCAGGUUCCUUAUUAUGAACUCCAAUUGUACACCUGCUCAGUACCCUCUGAAGCUAUUUGUCCCAUCUAGAGGCUGCCGUAUUGGAUGAUUGUUCAGCUUCUGCUAGAUCCUCCACUUUGUCAUUUGUCAGUGUCAGCUUUGACUUUCUUUCUCAAUCUACCACUUCUGGUAUAAACUGGGAAGAACUAUUGAUUGCCAAAGAAAACCAAACCAACCCGACUUCAAUUCCACCAUCUUAAAGAGCAUUGCGCUGAGGCAGCAGGAAAACUGGAGGCCUCUAAGUGAAAAGUGGCCUUUGUGACAGUUACUUUUACCUCUUUUGAACUCUUGUCUGAUUGCUUUCAGGUGUUCUACUUUUCUCCCUGGGGAAAGAAGCCCCUUCCCUAAUUUAUCUUUAUUCCUUAUAAUCACUAGUCAGUCAUAGCAUUUCAGUGGAGAACCACUGAGUUAGGUUUCUGUUGGUCAUGAGUUAAGGGUCAGAUUUAAUAGUAGCCUCAGCUGGUAUUAACAAUUAACUCCCAAGUUUUAUAAGCUUAAUCAGUAGACACUUUUGUGGUAUAUAGCGUGGAAACAGCCAUGACCAAGAUUCAGAAGAUGGAUGAGCUCUGUGAUUUUGAUCAAGUCACUUUCCUCCUCUGAGAAUCUUAUUCUGACUUGUGCUUAUAAACUAGCCAAUCCAUUCUUGUCAAUACAGUUGUCUUAAACUAUAGAUUAAAUUAAUCUCAUAAUAAGUGCCAAUCCAGAUGUUUUCAUGGAAUCAGCUAGAGGUGAGGACUUAUAGAUCAUGUUACCUGGCUGAAUAGAGUUGGUAAUAACCUUUCCUGGACCAAAUGAAUGAAGUCACUUUGAAAAAUCAAAUAACACAUUGGCCAUCUACUUCAGAAUUUCAGAGGCUGGAGGAGGAGUCCUUUUGUAAAAUCUCUAGAAACGGAUAGCAGUUAAGCCUUGAUGGUCAUUAAUAAUGCUGUGUCAUGGGAAAACUUUGAAAUGAAAGAUUGGGGAAUGUAUUCAGUUUUUCAGUUUAGUGUCUGAUGUUUUGUGUCUGAAAUUUGCCUCAAAACCAUGUGGGGAAGUGUGUGUUCUUUGGCUAUAAAGUAAGAUUUUGCCUUUACUGUUUUGUUUGUUAAUAAAGUAGAAUGAAUAUCA